GGCAACAGAUCAGCUGUUUCGCGUUCGGGUUUCGACAACAAAGCAAGUGGUGGCGUGAAAGUUUGUUUACGUUUCGCUUGUGCUACACGCUUUCGAUGGAAAAUUCGCAUCUAAAUAGGGCUCACAUGUACGGCAGAAGGGCGGAAAACUUUGCAAAAAAUCGACGCUUUGACGAAGCCAUCGAGUGCCACCGGAAGGCCGUGUCGCACUUCAACGAGGCGCUCAAGCUGCAGACGAAUACCGUCGUGCAGGAGUCGCUGCAGCUGCAGCGAAAGUACCACCUCAAGCAGGUCGACUGGAUGCUGGUGCGGAAGCAGCAGUACGAGCGGUACCUCCGGGCGCUCGACUACCAGCGCCGCAAGAAUCCCGAUUUUCUGGCCCAGCAGAUUGAAAAGAUGGACAAAUACAACGACCUGCAGGUGGCGAUCUAUCACAACCUGGACGAUACGGACGGUUUGCUCGAAUCGCUCAACACAACGCUGACCGCGGCCCAACCGGCGGUGAAUGGUGGUCCCAAAACGGUGAACGAGCUUAUCGCUCUGAACCACUCGCUGCACAUACUGAUCCAGCGCAUGGCCCAGAAUGUGGACGAGUACGCGACGGAAAACGAGGAGCUGCGGGAGAAGCUGCGCUACUACGAGAAGGAACGGGAAGCUCCGGCGGGCGGCUCGGAAGCUGGGAAAGGGUUAGUGGACACGGAAUCGUUGGCCAGCGCGAGCAAAGGAGGUGGUGGAGGCCCCGGCACGCACAAGCAUACGCACGGAUUAAUGCACGACAAUCUGUCCACCGCUCUAGCACCGCUCGAAAUGCCCGUGUUUGAUUUGUCCGAUUUCGAUAAUCACUGAAACGCGGAGGCCCAUGCGAGACGAACGCGCGCGUGUUGGUGGUGGUGAUGAUGAUGGCACCUUUGUACCUGUGUCCUGGGGUGCGCCUGGGAACUGGUGGCGGCAGCUGCAAUGCAGCGUGUAACAGUGUUGCAGGAUGUGAUAACACUACACUUAUGUAUUUACAUUAAAUUUA